UCCUGGCAGAGAGCGAAGCGCAGAGACCCGCUGUUCAGGAAGAGCCAAACAUGUUGGUGGAGAAGGGUGGCUGCGGCUCUGGAGCCAGCGACCGGGUCACAGAGCUUCCGUUCAGCCAAUUGUCCUGACCUGCUUCCCCUGCCCACCUGCCCCGGCCCCCAAAGUAUGUCAGCCAAGUCUAAGGGGACCACCUCCUCCUCCUCUCCAGCCGAGGGGCCACCGGCAGCCUCCAAAACCAAGGUAAAGGAGCAGAUCAAGAUCAUCGUAGAGGAUUUGGAAUUAGUCCUGGGGGACCUGAAGGACGUGGCCAAGGAACUUAAAGAGGUCGUUGACCAGAUUGACACACUGACCUCUGACCUACAGCUGGAGGAUGAGAUGACAGACAGCUCCAAAACUGAUACACUGAACAGCAGCUCCAGCAGCACAACCGCAUCCAGCUUAGAGAAGAUCAAAGUGCAUUCCAAUGCACCACUCAUCAAGCCACCUGUCCACCCUUCUGCUAUCCUCACAGUCCUGAGAAAACCUAACCCUCCUCCUCCUCCUCCACGACUGACACCUGUGAAGUGUGAUGAUCCUCACAGGCCUGUGCCAACCAUCAAUCCUGUAAAAACAAAUGGCACUCUUCUCCGAAAUGGAGGUUUACCUGGAGCAUCAAAAAAAAUUCCAAAUGGGGACAUCUGCUAUUUACCUAGUAGUAACUUGGACAAAGUGCAGAUGCAGCCUCUGAUGCACAGACCUCAGAAGGACAGGUGUCCCCAGGCAGGAACACGGGAACGGGUACGAUUUAGUGAAAAGGUGCAAUACCAUGGGUAUUGUCCUGACUGUGAUGUCCGGUAUAACAUAAAAAACCGAGAGGUCCACAUCCAUAGCGAAUCCCUUCACAUGUCGGGAAAGCUUCCUCACCAGUGCCCUCCUCUCCCACCCCCCCCACCACCUCUCCCUCCUUUUCCUCUGGAAAAUGGAGGGUUGGGAAUAAGCCACAGUAACAGUUUUCCCCCUCUCAGACCUGCAACUGUGCCUCCACCCACUGCACCUAAACCACAGAAGACCAUCUUGAGGAAAUCAACCACUACAACAGUGUGAUGUAUGCCACUUGAAAACUGCUUUCAUUUUUUUUCUAUAUUAUAAACAUAAAAUAAUAGACAAUGAUGAGCACUUUCUACUCAAGCAAUAAGAAGCCCAAAUAUAUUACAGCCUGUGUUCAGUGAAGUGGCAUAAAAUCACCUGGCUGAAAGGAAUAUCUACUUUUGGAGGCAUGUCAGUUAAUUAUUUUCACAUGAGAUUCAUCACUAUGACUUCUUGCCCUCUAGAGCUGACCCAUCAAGAACCUAACCCCUCCUCAGAGCAGUAAAGCCCUCAGAGAUGGAGCACAAGAUUUCACUGGAGUACUCUGCAUCAAUUCAUCUGCCUUGAAUCCAACAGCCAUGAGCUGGAAGCCCUGAAGAAAAGCCACAGCCUUAAGUUUCAUUCACUUAAAAAUUACUAGGAAGAUAUAACAAAUGAAAAGGACUAUAGCAAAUUAUUUCAUGAGAUAUUACAUUUGAGGAAACAAAGUUUUAGCAAUUAAUCCAUGAUUUUAUUGGGGGUGAUAAGUAGAGGGGAGGGAGUCACGCCAAGGAAGAGAAAGCAUAAAGGAGAUACCUCUAGUUAGAAUUACUCCCCAAAAAGAAACUUUCAAAAUAUGCCAAAUGGAAAACUAGAGCACUUACAUAAUGGUAGUAAAAUGUAUUGGACGAAAGGAUAUUGCCGUUUGUGGAGAAAGAAGUUUAUUGCCACCCCAUGAAUAAACUCAAAGCCAUAGAGGAACAGCAGUGAUGAUGCUCAAUGCUUGAAAAGAUUCUGCAUCCAACUCUUCCCACAUAUUUGAAGACAGGGUUUGGGAAAAGUCAGCUUGUACCGAAUGCAUCUCAAUACACUUCUAAUGUUUGCACUGUCAAUUCCAUUCAGGGUAAUGAUGUGUGCUGGUAUUUGCACAGAUGGUCCCAUGAGAUUUUAGACAGCUAAAAAACUGUUUCUUGUAGAUGCUCUGAAAAGGGAAUAUUGAAAAACUGUGAAGAAAACAUUCCUUUUUCUUCAUAAGGAGGAGAGGACUUACAUUCAGUGAAAAUGAUCCUUUCUUAAAUUUGAUAAACCACCACCAACAAAAGUCACCCCCGAAAUCCAUGUGGUCAAAUAAAUUACAAAGGGAUCAAUUAUUUUUUUAAAUUAAAAUCAUUUUAUAUCAUAACAAUAACCAAGAAGUCAAAUUCAAUGAACU